AUGUUAAUUUCAAGCCAUACCCUCCCCUUAAGUAGAGUUGCUACAGAAUAUACUGAGUUUAUAGAAAAUACACUCAAAACACCAUUUAAAUGUCUCCAAAGCAAAAAAGCUUCAGAUGAAACUAUCAUAGAAGAAAAACAAAAGUUAAAAGACUUUGACAUUCAAAUACUUUUGACUAAAAACAGUAAUAUUCAGCUGCCUGUUGUUAAAUGGGUAAACCUUCAAUUAGUAGGACUAAAAUCGAAGUACUGUAAAGAUGCUACAAAAGGAUUAGUUUUGUUAGAAGCUGGAAGUAAAUCUUUAAGUUCGGAAAACCUAAAAGAGGAAGCCUCUCGGCUGUUUAACGUCGACAAAUUCAGUUUGGUUUUAAAGGAUGGAUCUCCUGUUAACGGACAAAACAUCGAUAAGUUAAGCAGUCAAGUUGUUUUUGUGGUACCGGUAGAGCAAAAGCCAGAGUUGCCUAGUGGAUCAUCGGCACCUUUCUGUAAGUUUUUAAACUUUGAGGAAAAGGCUGUGAAAGGAACUAUCAUCUUAGAAAAUCCCGUAGGAAACCCAACGAAGUAUGUUUAUCAGGAUGUGUUAAAACUUUGGGCUAAAAAGGCAUAA